AUUGUGCCAAAAAUCAAUGCAGGAGAGAAGCUACUUUGUGAGCUGGGCUGCAGGCUGGGUCACCCAGUAGGGCAGGGCAGCUUAGCCUUAGGUGACAAACUGAUGAUGAGCAACCCAACCUUUGUGUACAAGUUUCUGCCCUGGGAUCUCUCCACUGUGUACAAGGUCUGGCAUCCCAACAUUUUGUGCAUCCUCAAGCUCAUAGAGGUCUGCGAGGGGAAGCUCUACAUCAUGAUGGAGGCAGCAGUCACUGACCUGCUGCAUUUGAUGCAGCAGCUGGAGAAGCUGUCCUGCACCCCUGAGACCGGGGACAUCUUUGCACAUUUUAUGAGGGGCAUGCACUGCCUUCACAACUGCAACUUAGUUCACCGAGAUCUCAAGUGUGAGAACGUGCUGCUUAUCACUGAUGGCCACUGGGCCAAACUCAAUGACUUUUGUUUUAGCGAGGAGGCCAACAGCUACCCAGACCUGAGAUCCCCAUUCUGUGGAUCAGCAGCCUAUGCUUCCCCAGCAGUACCAAUGAGCAUCCCCUAUGACACUAAGAAGUGGAGCCUGAGAGCGAUACUCUACAUGAUGGUGAUUGGCUACAUGCCCUUUGAUGCUAUCCACAUACACAGCAUGCUCCAGCAGCAGAAGAAAGGGGUGUUGUAUCCCAGAGGACUGUCGCCACCGUCGGAGCCCUGCCAAGCCUCCCUCAUUGCCCAACUACUCCAGUUCAGCCCAACCUCCUGGCCUGGCAUGGGGCAGGUGGCCAAGAACAGCUGGCUGAAGGGGGACAUCUUAGUGAGGGAGCCCUCCUCAGAGAUCCUGGGAGGGCAGUAA